AGUUUCUACAAAGGAAUAGGAUCAGUCAGGCAUUAUCAUUUUAUAUCGUUCCUAACCUCGGUGUUUAAAAUUCAUCGACGCCUGAAAAAAUUUGAAUAAUUUCUAAAAAUUCAUAAUCUAAAUAUGUCUUCGUUUCUGUUCUCUAAUGAAUGUCGAGAAGCGGUUGAUGAAUGUUCAACAGUAAUGCGUACGGAUAUCGAUUGUUACACGGAGUAAGAUUUAAGCCUAUACAUUUUUUUUUCUAUUUUUACCAUAUGAGGAAGGUUGGUUGAGUAAUAUUGAAAAAGAGAAAAACUGUCAGUUUUUUUUACUAUUACUGUCAUUGUUUCUUUUUUUAAAAAUAAUUCUAUAAAGUGGCCUCGCAUUUAAUUUAAUCUAAAAACAUGGACUUCAGAGAGACGAAUAUGGCGAAUGGGUCGAAUGUUUCCAGUGAGGACUAUGCGGAUAACGAACCAAUAGAAGCAAAUAUUCUAUUACCCAAUGGAAUUCACCAAAUACAUACUCUAGGACCAAAUAUAUCUCUACUUGAUACUGUUCUACAACUUUGUAAAACUUUACAUUUAAAUCCAUCUGAUCAUAGGCUAGUCCCGUUCAAUUUCGAAAAUGGAAGAGAAUAUAGGCAUAAGCCGUCUCAGAAGAUUGGAGCAUUUAAAGAUGCCGAAUUUCAUUUGGUUAACAAAUAUGAUACAAAGCCAAAGAAAAUCGUUCAACAAAAUUUCGAGAUGACGAAUAGAAUUGCGGUGGAUCUACCUCGAAAUCAAAAGCAUGCUAUUAGAAUCUCACCUAAAGUUACAAUUGAAAACCUUUUAAGGCAGGUUUGCACUGAAAAAUCCCUCAAUUAUCAUCAUUUUAACGUUUGCAAACCGACCGAUUUGGAAACUCCGUUAAAUUUUAAUUCGACGCUAGAAGAACUGAAUAUAAAACACGUUACACUGGUUCCAAAUGCCAAUUAUUCACCUAAUGAUAGUCAUCGUAUAGACGAAUCGAACAGAAAUAGAACGAAUAGUUUCAAAAAAAUGGAAUAUAUGCCUGCCGAGAAUACGAAGAAGAAGAAAGGUCUCUUCUCUCUUUUCUCGAGGAAAAAGAAGGAUAAAUUUAAUACGUCGCUUGAUUGUCAAACUCUUCCGAGAACGGUAGAUCAAUCAACUAAGUCUUCCAUGCCACGUUCAAAAAGCUUGCACACGAAUGUUAAUGCUGCUCCGAAUACAACUUUACCUGUGAAGGAGGAAAUACGCCCUAGUACUUCAGGGUCAACGAAGAAACGAGCACCUCCUCCUCCUCCUCCUCCCCUUUCUUCAAAUACAUCUUCUGUUGAUGAUACCCCGAGUCGUUCUCCACUUAAUCUAACUAAUCAGUCGACAACUCGUUCAAGAACAUCUUCAUAUUCUUCAGGAAUUAGUGAAACGCCAGGUUCAUUAACAAAACCGCUUAGAAAGAAGAAAAAAGCACCACCUCCUCCCGUACGUGAGCCAACACCAAUAAUACCCACAGAAGAAAAGAGAGAAGAAGAAGAAAAAGCAGAAGUAACAGAAAUAACAAAGGAUGAAGAGGAAAUAGUAGCACACGAUUCAAUUAGUAAUAUAGAAUCAAUUGUGAGGGCUCGAAGUCCUUCUCCAACUCAUUCUGAAGAAAUUAACAUUCGAUCAUGUAAAUCAGAUGAUGAUAUGCCAGCUGCUAUUCAAGUUCAUCAAACAUCUAUUCAAAAACAAGAGUUAGAGGAUGAAGUGAAAAUUGAAGAAAGCUUAGAGGAAGAAAAACAAGAAUAUAAAAUUUCUGUAGAUGAUAAAGGUGAAAGAGAUGAAAAAAUAUUUAAUAGUGCAGAAAUGAAGGAUGAUAGUGUAGAGUUAAGAGAGAAGCCGAAAGAAGUGAAUGAAGUAGAGAAGUUUGUAGAAGAGGCAAUUGUAGUCGAGGAAAACGAAACUAGUGUGAUUAAUGAACAAUUGAAAGAAAUAGAUCACGCACUUGAAUCUAAUGAAAUUUACAACAAUGAGACGACAAAGGAGGAAGAUUCGAUGGGAGAAGGGCAAUAUUUUAAUACUAUUUCAAUUAAUUGCGAUGAUAACUCGGAGCAAGAAAAACUUGUCGUUGAAGAUAACAGUAGACAAGCAUUAGCUCCCUCUCCUCCUCCAUUGAAAAUGUCGUUAGAAGAUGAUAUGAAGACUCCAAUUGAAGAAAAAUUCAUAUGGGAUGAUAGUGUAGAUGAGAAAGAGAAACAAAGCGUAAAAACUGAAGUUAAAGUUGAAAAAACUGACAAAAUAAUCAAAGAUAAGCCUGUUGAAAAAGAGGAAAUGUCAGUUGGAAGUUUAAGAUCUGUCUUAAGAAAACCUACGAAACAGCGUUCAGUGGAAUCAGAUUUAACAACAAGCAGCGGUGAAAGGUUAUCCUCUCUGUGGAAAAAUGAAGAUUGGACCAAAGAAGGGCUCUGGGGAAGUGAGACUGGUUUAAAACAUGUUGAAAACAGAUCGAAGAUUGGACAAAGUAAAAUGUAUGCUGCAGUCAAAAGUAGGCCACGUUCUUUCGACAUUGACGUAAGUAGAGUAAACAAAUCGCCGACUGAAAGCGUAGACGAAGAAAAGGAUGAAGGUUACGAUAGUUACUCGAGCAGGCUUAUCAAAACUAGUACGCCUAUCCACCAAGAUUCUAUGUCAAUGUCUUUAUCCACAUCAAACAAAGACUCUUUCUAUUCAAAUAGUGAUGAUCGCAAAGUACCACCCUUGAAUUUAGACGGAGAUUCAAAUGCAGAAAAUGAAGCCGCUCCGAUUCUUCGUACAAGAGACGUCAAAAAAUCAGAAAUAGUGAGCAACAAAACGUCCCACGAGUUGAAAGAAACAAAGUCUCCAGAAGUAGAAAAGGCCGACGAAUCCCAGGAACCGAUAAAUAAGCAGGAGGAUAACAAAAUACAUAUUACUUCCGUAUUCAUUGGAGAUGAUAGAAUAACAAUGACAACGGCUACUACUGAGGAUGAUAUUUCCUCUUUGAAUGAAGAGAAUGUAGACGCUUUUGUUCAGAAUCUCAGCAGCGAUAGCUCUGAUGAAGAAUUGGAAAAGAAGCCCUCGGCUAAAAUUAUUGAUAUGCGAGACGAGAAAGGCGGUUAUUCUCAUACGAAACAAACAGACGUCGAUCAAAUUAAGCCAGUAAGAAAACCAAGUAUAAAUCUUCUAACAGCUAGACCGUUCGUCCAUAGUAGUCAUACGACGGAAACAAAAAAGGAAAACGACCGGAAAUCUUACAGAAAGGAUUACGAUUCUGUACAGAAACAAAUGCAGCAAUGGCAAGAUAGAUUACAAAAGAAUCGGGAUGUUCUAGAGAAAACGAAACCGAAGAAAGAAGAACCUCGUCCAAGCGAAGAUCCAGUUGGUUUAUUUGGUCAGUUUACAUCAACGCAGCUAUCAAGCAUGCGCGAUAGAUUAAAGAAAUCACAGACAAAUGAGAAAAAUAGUGGCGUUGCUUUGGGUAGAGUGCUAGACGUUAAUCCCCCCAAUACUUCUGAACAUGAAAUACCUAUACCACCUCCUCCACCACCUCCCGUAGCCAAUGUACCCUCAUCUCCACCUAUUACUCUACCGAGUCUAACUACGCCUAAAGGAAUGGAUGAUGAAAUGAAAAACAAACCACCAUCAGCCCUCAAAUUAAAAUCGGGUCUAGAAGACAAACCAAAGAGUCGUUUUGGUCCAGUUCUUGAUCCCCACGAGGAAUUAAUGCUGGCUAUCAAGAGUGUAAAUGGUAGGGGAGCCCUGAGAAAAGUUUCUGCCAAAGAUUGCCAUUGGGCUGAUGGAGCAAAGCUGAAUCGUAGUUAAACUGCAAGGACACUAAAAUUCAAUCUGCAAAAAUAUUUUUCUAGUUCUGAUACAUAUCCUUUUUUAAUGAAAGAAGUUCUUCACUAGAAAGGUGCCAUGCACGCAUUGACUACAGCACAUAUACUUAUAUAUUCCUAUAUAUAUAUAUAUAUAUGUUAUGUAAUAUAUAUAUAUAUAUAUAUAUAUAUAUAUACACAGUAUAUGAAUAUAUAAAUAUAUACAUUAUUUUUUUAACAUAAUGCAUAAUUAAUUAUUUUUUGUUUAUUUUCAAAAUUCUUUUUGUAUUUUAAAAAAUUAUGCAAAUGAUAAGAAUUAUUCCAACUUCCAUAAUAGAUUGCAGAAGUUUGAAUGUAUUAUCUAAUUUAUAAAAAAAAAGUGAAUGAAAGAGAGAGAGAGAGACAAACUAAGAAAAGGAUGUGUAAUGUUCAAUUAAAAAGAUAAUGAUAUAUAUAUAUAUAUAUAUAUA